GAUUAGAGAUCACUCAAGUGUGAGUGUGGGUGGGCUGAAUGAUAUGACUAGGAACACAAUACAUUGUAACAAUAGGCAUUUCUUUUUCCGAAAUCAGAAGACAGGUGUGAUAUCUACCGACGAUACAUGUUUUCUUUCCAUAGUCUACACCUAUAUUGUUUGAAACCAUCGGGGAGUAUAUAUACAUCUUGAGCGAUGAUCUUGGAGUCAAUAAGAACUGCAAGCUUCUCGUAUCAUAAAGUUAUAUUGGAUUUCACUCGGACUUGGUUAAAGUAUACCUGAGCUAGUUUCUGAUUGAUCCAGAUUGGAUAUUUACAAAACAGUUCUACCAAUUUCAACCUUAAAACAUGCGAGUAUAAUUUUCUCCUUCCUUGUCUGUAUAGUGGACGCUUUCUUCACUUCAGAUAACAAAUUUGAAUUGUCAAACUUUGCACGGUGAUCUAUACAGAAUACGUUUAUAUCCGCAUUUAAGGAUCUGCAAUAAAUAAUAUAGAAAGGAAACUUGAUAACUUCUUUGUUUUUUGUUUGUUUGCGCUUUUGUGAAUAAGGAACUUUGUGAUUUUGGAAUUUUGGUCAAGAUUAGAAAUAUUGUUUUAAUUAUGGAGUUUCAUCGCCAUCUUUCAAGACCAUCAAUAAUUAGAAUUUUAAAUUGUGUAAUUUUCUUCAUUUUAUGCAGUGGGGCAAAUAGUCAGGAUGUGAUCUGCAAUUCUGCGGAUUCGGCUACAUCCAACACCUUUAACACAUACAACGUUACUGUUCCUGGGACUGACAGCCCAAUAUUGAUCUAUGACCCCGCAAAAUACGGUCCAAACAUGAGGUUACCGGUUGGAACUACCGAGGUUACAGUGACCGCUUACAUGACGUCAUCGUUAUCGACUCCUAUUGGAAACUGUACAUUUAACGUUACUGUUAGCUUGGAUGAGCUUCCUAUUGCUUGUCCUUCAACAAAUGACAUCGAGAAAACGGAUCCAGGCGAAUCAACUUUUCAGUUCCAGAUCAACUCUCUAGACACUCUUCCGGGUUUCGACUACGGUUCCAUUUCGCCAAAUUUUGUACAAAAACAACUAUCGACGAACACGAGCGGAGUGGUCAAUGACCGUUUUCCUGUCGGCAUCCACGCUGUCAGCUUACUCUUCUUUGAUAAUUACCUAACUAAACAGUGCAACUUUACUCUUUCAGUCGUCGAUGUAGAACCACCAACAGUCACUUGUCCAGACGAUAUCUUAGCUAACACCACGAACGUCAUCACGUACACACCUAGAGGAAUAACAGACAACGUUCCCGAUCCCGAUACUCUACAGAGCUCCAUCACCUUUAGUCCCGUCACUCUAUCACCUGGCUCCCGAUUCCCGAUCGGGAAUUCUACCGUUACUAUUUCCGUUACCGAUGGAGCUGGUAAUCGGGGCAAUUGCAGUUUCAACGUCAAUGUAGCAUUAAAAGAGCUACCAAUCACCUGUCCUGCUCAAUUGGAUCUAACAGUGGAGACUGAUCCAGGUCAAUCUUACUUCACAUACCAUGAUCCACAAUUCAACAUAUCUUAUUCUACUACCUAUAUACCAUAUGAGAAUAUUACCAUGGUCAGAAAUUACGGUGGAAGUGUGAACAGUCCUCAGCUGGCCAUCUCAACUCAAGAUCAAUAUGUCUUUCUUACGAUAUCAGACGGGAUGUUAUCAAAGACUUGUAUAGAAGCAAGGGUUCAGGUGGAAGAUCGAGAACCUCCUGUGAUUGUUUGUCCGGAUGACAUCUACCAAACUAACACUUCAAUUGGUUCUAAUUUCCAACCAACCAUUUUUGAUAAUUCUGGUAGUUCUUUAGAUAUUGCGAUCAUUCCCUUACCACAAAGCAUAUUUUCAGUGGGAACAACAAACUAUACCUUUAUUGUAUCCGAUAGAAGUGGAAACAAUGCGUCAUGUUCGUUCAACGUUACUGUCGAAAUAGUCCCGGAUCCAACGACUGUCUCAACUGAAGGGUCUACUAAUGGGAUGGAAACAACAGUCGGUAACGAUGACCAGAGGAUGACCAAUUAUUUACCCAUUAUCAUCGGGUGCUCCGUAGCAGCUGGUGUCAUUCUCAUCAUCAUCAUCAUUCUAGGUGUCAUCUGCAGUACUCCAAGUAGACGAAGAAUAUUUGGGAUUGGACCUAAGGAACCCAGUAAGAUAAAACACGUUGGGGCGAGCAGACAUGGUGUCGCGACUGAUUCUGUUCUAUUAAAUGAUCACCUCGAGCGAAGUAAAAGUAACAUCUAUGAAAGCACUGAUAUCGAUGUCGAAAUGGUAGAUACUCCAAAUGGAGAUGGAUUGCAAGAAAUGACCGAAACCAAUGGAACACACCUCAACCACGCUUACAUGACGGACGAGAUGAUGGGGAGGUCGAGCUUAUGAGUCUUGGACAUCGAAGACGAUAUCAUCCUCCCCAUAGUCCAUUCAAUUAGCAUUUAUUGUCCAAAGAGCAUUCGGCCCGAAAGACGUGAUGAUAUAUAUAGAGUGACCAUUUAGCAAGAUAUUGUCGUGAUAAUAUAUAUCUAUUUAUUAAUUUAUUAUUACUUUACAGAAUGGCACAUCAUCACUAGAUUUUUCUUAUUAAGCAUGCAUGAUAAUUUUCAUAAUUACCAUUGAGGUACGAGCUUGACAAAAAAAGAUCGAUAAAACCUUAAAACAAUAACAAUAUAGUCUUGACUACAAAAUACAAUUUGUGAUUUGAACAUUAAAUCCGCAGAUAGCAUAAUUUUUAGAGUGUUUUGUCGAUUGUUGGUAGAACAUUCUGUAAUUCCAUAAUUUAAAGGAUUGUACCUCCGUUCUAAUAAUUGCAUGUAACUAUUAAUUUAGGACGGACGCAUACAAAUCCCUUAAACAUUUAUGUCUUGCAUUGCGAUCGUGCAGUGAGCUGACAUAAAUCUUGUUUAUGUCAAGCAUUGAUCAUCACUGCACAUCCAAACUGGAGACCUGUCUAAAUGGACAUCCAACCUAACUUAUUAUUUUAUACAACAAAUAUCCCGAAUGCAAUCGCAGCUUCUUCUUCUUCUUUAAAUCUUAAUUAUAAUUUAAUUGUUUUUCUUUAAAAUCCCACAGAAGAAACUAUAUGGUAUUACAAAAGAGAUUUAACCAUCAAGGAUACUCAUGAUACUGCCAAACAAAGGGAAAGGGGUCUGCCCACAUAAAGUUCCACGGCCAAGAAAAAAAAAUGGAAGAAAUGGGGGAAAGGAGAUGAAAUAGUUGUUGAACAUUAUAUAAAAAUCUAUUAUAAAAUUGAAUUUUCAUUUUCACAUAUGUUGUGUGUCCCUAAAAUUGUUGGCUCAAAUACGGCACUGAUGUAGGUGAAACGUGAAAUUUCGCUACAUGGCAUGUUUUUGAGCGAUCACCAAUUCCAUACGUUCCAUCCAUCGCAACUCCCCUUCAGUCAUGAAUCCAAUGUACUUAGCCACUUCAGCUCUUUUUAGACGACUGUCAUUUAGUGUGACAAAUGAAAACCUUUCCUCCAUUAAGGAUUAAUUGAUAAACCCCACAAAAGUCCAUUUCACUAUUCUAAUUCAUUACUAGAUUAUAAUAAUGGUCUGCCUUGUUAUGAUGGGAAGAAAAUAAAAUAAAAAUGUGUUUUAUUUGAUGAAUGAACAGACUUUACUAUCAAAAUUAAUUUUGAUCGUGUGCCAGUGUAUUUUUCUGUUGUUUAUAUAACAUCCCUUUUAAAAAUAGGGAGGACUUAAAAUAUUAGGAUCCUUGACAAUAUAUUUCUCAUAAUUAAAAAAAAAUUGUUUAGAAGGUUAUUUUUUAAUUUAAAAAAAGCAUUACCGAGAGAGGGUACCAGAUACCAAUUUUUUAGUAUAACGGCUGAAAAACAUAUUGAUCACUAUAUAUUCUAAGAUGGGAAUAUUAGAUAAUAUCAAAUUUAUUUCUUGAUACUCUAAUCUAAAGAACUACAUGAUCCUUUGUAAUAUGUUUAGGCAGGGUUUUAACCUUAAACAUUGCAAUCUAGCUCAACUCAUCUUCUAUUGUCAUAACAGUACGUGUUUACAGCUAGGUUUUGUUUUACCACUCUCAGUGUAGCUCCUAUAUUUGUAUAUCGUUCGUACAAGUUUAUGAACAAAAAUGUAUGACUGCAAAGACUCGGGAUGAAUGCAUUUAUGUCAAUGUUCCUGAUGGUCGUGAUGUGUGUACAAAUCAAAACAGAAAAUGUCUGUUUGUAAAAUUCUGUUUUCAUAUUUUAUUUUCAAACCUUUCUGCUCAAUGCUUAGUCCAGUCGGCAUGUACAAUCUAUAUCAUCCAUUUAAUUAGUAUUUUGUUGAUCAAUAUAUAUAUUUUUUUCAAACAUAUAGUCAAUGAUAAAUAAAUUGUAUGAUAAAUAAUUCGACGUGUACUAUAGUAAUGUAUGUUAUUUUUUUAUUCAUUGUAUAUUAUCAUGAUUAUAAUACCAGACUAACAUGAGAGAGAGAGAGAGAGAGAGGGGGGGGGGAGUACCAAGAAAGUGAUAUUGUAGAAGAUAUGAGCCUGAAGUUGAUGAUUGUUUUCGCCUACCAUUCGUAUUCAUACUCCUUCUUCAUACGUCAUUGUACAGUAGGUCCAUGGUUUAAACAUUGUCAUUUUACUAAUAAAGUAUGCACGCCAAUCCUUUGGUUUCAAAUGACGUUGUCUGUUCAGGGGAUUUUUUUAAACUGCGGUCUGGCUUGAAAUGCAUGCAAUUAACUCUUUGCUAUUGAAAGUUACAAAAUAAUGUCUUUUUCUAUUUACUGAAAGGCUAUGACUAUCAAUUCUUUAUUCAAGUACAAAAAGGUUAACCUAUUAUUUUGUUGCUAUAAUUAUUGAAAUUUUGAUGCUGUUUUCGUUUCCUUAAUAUAUCCAGAUAAAUGUGAUAUGUAUAAUCCUGGCUAUGACUCUUCCCUGAUUCCAUAUUUUCUUUGUUGCCUCCGAUGCUUUUUGUUUGUAUAAUUUUAUUCUGGAACUUAUGAUAUCUGUAAUCCAAAGUUUAUCUGUGAGUUAUUUAUAUUGAUCGUCAUGCAUCUAAAUAAUUUGAACAUGAUUAACUGCAUUAAAGUGUAAAAUUUUUAAAUUCUACUCAUUAUUAUAUUUGAUAUCGAUUCGAUUUAUAAUUGGCAGCUGUAAAAUUUUGUAUGUUUUUUAUUUUUUGAUAUAUAGGAUAUAUAGGCCUACAUGUAUAUUGAGGUAUGUGCAUGCAUAUUUUAGCCCUAGAUGCUAACAAUGUGAAUUCUUAAUAAAAUAUUACUCUUUGUAUACCUUUCUUUUAUGUUUAUAUCUCUUUUUUAUUGAUAUGAUCAAAACAUGUUUGUUAUGGUG